GUUCCUAGCAUUCCUCUUUAAUUUAUCUUCCGAUAAGAAAAAAUAAAAAAUGGUUGGAAAGAACCGUCUGUUAAAACUGCAGAAACCCUGCGGAAAACCCUAAACCCUCAAUCACAAAUAAACAAAGCUCUCAACAUUUUUUGUCCUCCAAAAACCCCAAAAAAGCCAAAUUUUAAAAAAAUGCGAGGACCCAAAUCGAGGACCGCCAGAAAACAACACAGGAACAACGAACUCCAAGAAAUCGAGGUCCUAAACGGAUGGAUAGAAUCCCAGAAACCCGAAUCCGGUUCCAACCCGUUAUCUCUUGACCCGCUCAAGUCCAAGUCGCCAAUUGGUCGAAUUGUCGACGCCCCGAAUGGUGUCGUGUCAUUCUCGAGGUACGCGGGAGCGAGGAAAUUUCAUGAGCUGCCUAUAUCAAAGAGGACGAAAAAUGGGUUAGAAGAAGGUGGGUUUAAGAAGAUGACUGAUAUUCAGGUGGCGUCUUUGCCUCACGCGCUUUGUGGGAGAGAUAUUCUUGGCGCGGCUAAGACUGGGUCUGGAAAGACUCUUGCUUUUGUUAUUCCGGUCCUGGAGAAGCUGUAUAGAGAGAGAUGGGGUCCCGAGGAUGGAGUAGGCACCAUCAUAAUAUCUCCCACAAGGGAGCUAGCUGGUCAACUUUUUGAUGUAUUAAAAGCUGUUGGGAAGCAUCAUAAUUUUAGUGCUGGCCUUCUAAUUGGUGGUCGCAAGGGAGUUGAUACAGAGAAAGAGCGUGUGAAUGAGCUGAACAUUUUAGUUUGUACUCCAGGUCGUCUUCUUCAGCACAUGGACGAGACUCCAAAUUUUGAUUGUUCUCAGCUUCAGGUUUUGGUCCUUGAUGAGGCAGAUCGUAUUCUUGACAUUGGUUUUAAGAAGACUUUAAAUGCAAUUGUAUCGCAGCUACCUAAGCAUAGACAAACAUUGCUUUUCUCGGCUACCCAAACAAAGUCAGUUCAGGAUCUUGCAAGACUCAGUUUGAAAGACCCAGAGUAUAUCAGUGUGCAUCAGGAAGCUGUGACAGCCACUCCCAAUGGCUUGCAGCAAACUGCAAUGAUUGUUCCACUUGACCAAAAGUUGGACAUGUUGUGGAGUUUUAUAAAGGCACAUCUUAGAUCAAAGAUUCUUGUGUUUCUUUCAAGUUGCAAAGAGGUUAAAUUUGUCUUUGAAGCAUUCAAGAAACUGCGCCCUGGAAUACCCUUAAAGUGUCUUCAUGGAAGGAUGAAUCAAGAGAAGAGGAUGGGUAUAUAUUCCCAGUUCUGUGAGUCUCAUUCAGUUCUCUUCUCAACCGAUGUGGCCUCAAGAGGACUUGAUUUUAACAAAGCAGUUGACUGGGUUGUGCAGGUAGAUUGUCCAGAAGAUGUUGCAUCCUAUAUACACCGAGUUGGCCGCACUGCUCGCUAUCUUUCUGGAGGAAGGUCAGUUUUAUUUCUGAUGCCUUCUGAAAUGAAGAUGCUUGAAAAGUUACAGGCGGCAAAAAUACCAAUACAGUUCGUUAAGGCAAAUACAAAGAGGCUGCAAUCUGUUUCUGGAUUAUUGUCAGCUUUACUAGUCAAAUAUCCCGAUAUGCAGCAUCUGGCUCAGAGGGCCUUUAUCACAUAUUUGCGUUCUAUUCAUAUUCAAAAAGAUAAAGAGGUUUUUGAUGUGAUGAAACUGCCUGUUGAUGAAUAUUCAGCAUCACUUGGUUUACCAAUGACUCCCAAGGUCAGGUUCUUGAAGCAAAAAAAUAAAAGCAAAAUGGAGUCAGAAAAAUCUUCUCUUGAAUCAGAAAUCUCUGACGAUGAGAAUGGGCCAGUUAUCCGGAAAGAAGAUCUACUCGUAGAAGAUGUCAAAGACAAUAAAGUGGAAAAAGAUCUUCUGCUGAAGGAUGAUACACAGGAUGUGGGAGAAGGGAAUACCAGUGAGAUUGGGGAUAUUAUGCCGGCAACACGGGUCUUGAAGAAAAAAAAGCUGAAGAUCAAUGUUCAUAGACCUGUGGGAACAAGGGUGGUCUUUGAUGAGGAAGGUAACACGCAGACUCCAUUUGCCAUGUUGGCUGACAAGAAGAGUGGCAACAUUCUGCUUGACCAAGACAAAAAGGAUGAGUACUACAAGAAAAUGAGGCAAGAGUUGAAGCAGGUGGACAAAGAAGACAAGCUUUUAGAGCGCCAGCGGCUUAGGGAGAAACGGAUCAAGAAGAAGAUGAAGUUGAAGAAAGGGCAGAAGGAGGAAGAGGAUGAUGAAGAAGAUGAGGAUGAUCUUUCUGAUUCAGAAGGAGAAUCAGAUGCAAACAGAAAACGUAAAAGGUCUAAAGUAUACUUCCAUAGUGAUAGUGAUGAUGGUGAAAGAGAAGAAAAUAAGGCUGUUGCAAGCAUCAAUGCUGAUUCUAUUUCUGUGGCAGAACAAGAAGAACUUGCUCUGAAGUUAUUAUACUCAAUGCACUCGUAAAUUAUACGAAAAACUCCUAUUGACCUUGAAUUAGUUCAUCCCCAACCCAAUACAGCCGACCCUUUCUGUUCCCAAUCAACAAUGUACAAUUUUGUCUUUUCCAGAGCAUUUCACUUUUGUCCUAUGAUGACCACUGGGUUUAGUCAUCAAAGUAUAUGAUAGAAUAGUUAAAUUUGAAAGGCAGUUAGCCACUUAACCUACAAAACUAGCAGGUUCUACCUUGGCUUUCAAGUGCUUCACCGAUGCCCCCAUUCCCAAGAAAAACGUGGGAUUUGCUAAUUGCUAACGUGAGUCUGACGAAAACAGAAGUGGUGUUAGCUAAGGAAAAAUAGGUUAUAUUAAAGAAAGUUAGGUGUGAAGGGUUAGCAACUCAAUUUUCAAUUCUGCCAUUAAUUAUUUUCUAUGUUGGUCUUCUUUUUUGCUUUCCAGAUUGGUAGGAUUUGGAUACAGUCAGGAAAUUUAUUUGAUAAUGACCUGCAAAGGGGCCAGUGGCAUGUAAAUUUCAUCAACAAACUCCAAUUUGGUUAAAAGAAACCUCAUUAAUGUUAAAAAAAAAAAAGCAUAACCUCAUUGAUUGGGUUAAAAAAAAAAAAGAAACAGAAAGAACUAACUGAGACAGAUAUGUGCCUUUGCAAAUUAGCUUCCAAUGAUGUUUGGUAUCUUCUUUAAAAUGUCCGCUCUUUUCUGUUCUUUUA